GUCAUCCGCGCCCCUCUUCCUCUGUGACAACCAAAUCCUUUCUUUACCCUUCCCCCCUCUCACGUCGCACUCAAAGUCACAAGUGCCUGUGCGCGCCGCGCGAGCUCUCGUGCUUGGCGUCAACGCGUUAGUUUCUGUGCGCGCGUGUGGGAGAGGGAGCUGUUCAGCGGUCAAUGGGGAGGACGCCUUGCUGCGACGGCCGGAAGGGGCUCAAGAAGGGGCCGUGGACGCCGGAGGAGGACAAGCUCCUCGUCGACUACAUCCAGGCCAACGGGCACGGCAGCUGGCGCCUGCUCCCCAAGCUCGCAGGGCUGAACCGGUGCGGCAAGAGCUGCCGGCUGCGGUGGACGAACUACCUCCGGCCGGAUAUCAAGCGCGGGCCCUUCACCCCCGAGGAGCAGAAGUCCAUCGUCCAGCUCCAUGCCAUCGUCGGCAACAAGUGGUCCAUGAUCGCGGCGCAGCUGCCCGGCCGGACGGACAACGAGAUCAAGAACUACUGGAACACGCACCUCAAGAAGCAACUGCGCCGGAUGGGCCUCGACGAGCCCCCGCCAGGACCGGCCGCCGGCUGCCCCGCCGCGCGACACAUGGCGCAGUGGGAGACUGCCCGCCUCGAGGCCGAGGCGCGCCUCUCCCUCCUCUCUUCCUCCUCCGGCGCCGCCGCCACCACCUCCUCGUCCUCGACCGUCGCCGCCGCGGCCGAGCAGGCGUCCAAGCCGGCGGACAUCUUCCUGCGCCUUUGGACCUCGGACAUCGGGGCCUCCUUCCGCAAGGUGGCCGCGGCGGGGCCGAUGCCGGCGCCCGUCAAGAAGAAGGACGCGGUGAUCAAGCGGGAGCAGCAGGCGCUGCCCGGGGACGACUCCUCGGCGGCGUCCAACGAGAUGGAGGUGGCGGAGGCUCUGGAGGAGUACCAGAUGUUCCUAGACUUCGCCGGCGAGGAGCUGGGGCUGUUCCACGGCCGGCACGGCGGCUUCUCGCUGUUCCCGCCGCUCGACGUGCUCGCCGAGGCAUCCCUGGACACCGCGUUCAAGUGAGACGUAGCGCACCUCAUACGUACACGUAUACAUACCCCUGCGGCUAGCUAUACGCCUCCACAUGCGCGCAUGUAUGUAUAUAUGCACGUCUGCCAUGCAUAGCGCGCGCGCCCGCGUACGUACGUGGUACGUCUGACCAGAUUUAUCAGGAAAUUUAGGGGUUAGGGCUGCAAGUAGGUGGUUUUAGCUCAUUAACCGGGGUUAGCUAAGGUAGGACAUCAUGGUGCAUUAUGGCCUGUAUUGGGAUUCUCUGGGGGACGGUCACUGGAGAUGCUCUAAUGCAUCUAAUGAUGUCUUCACUUAUUCUUCAGUUGAUUUUGGCAGUUCUUUUGACGUUGUGAACAAUGCUGGUAAAUGGCCGGUAACGUUUCAGGUUUGUAUGCGAUCCAUUCUUGACGUUUCAGGUUAGUGGGUGGCUGCGCACGCCGA